UAGAGCUCGCUGUCAACGAAAUAAAGAAACAUUGCGAAAAUAAUUGAAAAAUUUUUUAAAUACGUAAAUAAAUUUUAUUUUAAAAGAAAUACUAAUAUUCUACUAACUUAUUAUGCUUUUCAACAUUUCGUAGUGUAAAUGUAACUUAAAAAAUUAUUGAAAAAAAAAGUUUAUAAAAAAUUCUUUUGUUUCGCAAUUGAAUGAUAAAAAUGCUCUAGAUUGCAGCAUCUAUCGAAACGCAAAGUACUAUCUUAUGACUCAUAAGAAUUUGCAUAGAUGCCUAAAGUAAACUGAAAUUAAACCGAGUACAUAUAUUUUGCAAGUGGUAAUAGAGUUAAAAUAAGUAGAAGAAAAAUAGAAUUGAAUUUAUUUCAAUUACUAACUUAUUAUAUCAACAAAGGAAAAAUGCCGAUAUUAUACAGCGUUAUAGCAAGGGAAACCACCGUUCUAGCAAAAUUUGCUGAAGUUGUUGGAAAUUUUGCGGAAGUAACUGAACAGAUAUUAAAGAAAAUUCAACCAUGUAAUCAUAAACUAACUUACACUUAUAAUAAUUAUCGAAUACAUUAUGAAUGUGAAAAUAAAAUUAUAUAUAUGUGUUUCGCAGAUGAUGAUUUUGCGGUGGUGCGGGCAUUUUUAUUUUUAAGUGAUAUUAAGAAAAAAUUCAUAUCAACGUAUGGACUUCAGGUUGCAACAGCAAUAGCUUAUGCUAUGAAUUCAGAAUUUUCAAAAGUUUUAGCUCAACAGAUGUCGUAUUUUAAUGAGUCCAAUGAUAUUGAUUCAAUUACACAAAUUCACGGUAAUAUAGAUGAACUUCAAGAUAUUUUAGUCAAAAAUAUAGAUUCACUUAAAGAUCGUGGUGAAAGACUCGAACUUUUGGUUAAUAAAACAGAAAAUCUUAGGAAUAAUACUGUUACAUUCCGAAAAACUUCCAGGAAUUUAGCUAGAGCAAUGUUUUGGAAAAAUUUUCGAAUGUAUAUUAUUUUCGGUUGUAUAUUAUUAUUCAUUUUAUAUGUAAUAAUAAGCAUGGCUUGUGGUGGAUUAGCUUGGCAGAGUUGCAUUCAUAAAAAUUAAUUUUUAAUAAAAAUUUUUGUAUUCAAUUCAACAAUAUAAUAUACUGGACUAUUUUCUCGUUACAUUAUUAUAAUUAGUAUGUUAUACAUAUUAAAAAUAUGUAUGUAUACAAUUUAUCAAAUAUUACUAUAUUAUUUACAUAUUUAAAAUUUAUAUUUGAAAUUUCCAUAUAAUUUUCAUUUUAAUUUUUUGUAUUAAUUUCUGACCGUAUGAAAAAAAUUUACGGUUCAAAUCCAAUUGUAUAUACAAAAUCAACAAAGUUUGUUAAUUUAAGCCGUAAAAAGAAAUAAAGAAAUGAAAAAACACCACAACAUCACGUUUAUAAAAGAGUAUAUAAAAUUAAUAACUAAUAUUAAAAAAUAUUUAUGGAACUGAAAUAAAAAAUGUUUGUUUUCUAAAGUCUAUGUUGGUAACAUAUUGUAAUAAUUAAUUAUUUUUCUAAACAAAAACUAUAACAUGCAAUAUUUAUCUAU